AGUUCAACAGUAAGGAUGAAGCUGUCAUCACUUCUCUUCCUCUUGGCUCCACUGCUGAUCAGCUGUGCAGUGAUCAAACUGCCAGCUGACUGUGAUGACGUCUACAAUGAGGACAACACACGACCCAGUGGAGUGUACACCAUCUAUCCAAGUGGAACUACAUCUGCUAUUCAGGCUUACUGCGACAUGGUCUCAGAGGGAGGACGCUGGACGCUUUUCCAGAGGAGGAUGGAUGGCUCUGUAAACUUCUACAGAAACUGGGCCGAGUACAAGAGAGGCUUUGGAAACGCUGCUGGAGAGUACUGGCUGGGUCUUGAUAACAUCCAUGAGUUGACAAGGGAUCAAAACUAUGAACUGAUGGUCGACAUGGAGGACUUUGAAGGAAACAAAAAGUUUGCCCUUUACUCUUCAUUUAAAGUCGAUGCUGAGUGUGACGGUUACCUCCUGCAUGUGAGUGGUUUCAACAACAAAGGGGGCGCUGGUGAGUCAUGAGAAAAACUUUACCAGACAAG